GUCUGCUUUCCGGGAUCGGUUGGUGAGGUCUGGGUGACGUCACAUCCCAAGAUGGCGGCUCACUCUGGCAGCGUGCAGAGUGUGGGGAGCAUCCUGCUGGACCCCGGCCGCCCUCUCCCCGCGCGGUUCCGGGCGCUCUUCACGUUGAGGAGCCUGGGAGGCGCCGAGGCCGUGGAGCUGAUCGGCCGGGCCUUUGGCGACGAGUCCGCCCUGCUGAAGCACGAGCUGGCCUACUGCCUGGGCCAGAUGGGGGACCGCGCGGCCAUACCUGUGCUAAAGCAGGUCCUGCGGGACCGGGCCCAGGAGCCCAUGGUCCGCCAUGAAGCAGGAGAGGCUCUUGGAGCCAUUGGAGACCCUGAGGUGCUGGAUCUGCUGAAGGAAUAUUCCCAGGACCCAGUGAUCGAGGUGGCAGAGACAUGCCAGCUAGCUGUUCGUCGCAUUGAAUGGAUUCAGCAGAACCCAGAUGCCCCUGAUGAUAACCCUUUUCUCUCAGUGGAUCCUGCUCCUCCUGCUGAGGAGCGUAAUAUCCCAGCCCUGCGGGACACCCUACUGGAUGACAAGUGUCCCCUUUUUGAACGUUAUCGUGCCAUGUUUGCCCUUCGCAACAUUGGAGGAAGAGAAGCUGUCCUAGCUCUGGCAGACGGCUUACAGUGUGGCAGUUCCCUUUUCCGCCAUGAAAUUGGUUACGUUCUAGGCCAAAUGCAGCAUGAGGCUGCAAUCCCAGGACUGGCAGCAGCUCUAGAGCGAUUUGAGGAGAACCCGAUGGUGCGACAUGAGUGUGCUGAGGCUUUGGGCUCUAUUGCACAGGAGGAUUGCCUGAAGACAUUACAGGCCCAUGUGAAAGAUGUCGAGCCUGUGGUCAGAGAGAGCUGCGAAGUGGCGCUGGAUAUGUAUGCCUAUGAGAACAGCAGUGAUUUCCAGUAUGCAAAUGGACUGUCUCAAAUACAGGAGUGUACGUGAAUCUUCACACAGUUGUAUAGUGUUUUAUAUUAUGACAUUGGACAAUCCACCUGCAAUCCACUUGUCUUUCUUUUUUUUUCUUCCCCCCCACUCCUCUCCUCUCUAAUUUUAAAUGGAUUGUA